UAAUCGUCGGCUAUGGAUGUGAUGGACAGUCAAGUGAAAGUGAACUCAAUUUAUUGGUCUUUAAAAGUAUUAUUAUUAAUAAGUUAUGCAAUCGAUUAUUGUCACACAAUAAGCAAUGAAGAGAUUGAGAACCACUUAGAGUUGGGACGACUGAUGCUAUCGCGCGGCCAAUACUCCGACGCCCUCUCCCACUAUCACAUGGCUGUCGAAGCGGAUCCCAACAACUAUCUAACGGUCUUCAAGAGAGCGACAGUCUAUCUGGCGUUAGGCAAACAUAAGGCAGGACUCGAUGACCUCAACGAAGUGAUUGUAUUGAAGCCCGACUUCUUGGCCGCUCGACUCCAGAGGGGAUCAGUUCUGCUAAAACAGGGCCGACUCGAUGAGGCCCACAUCGACUACGAAUGGGUUCUUCGUUUGGAACCGUAU